AUGCGGAUAUUUUUUCUGGUACUAAUAUUUCAUUCCUAUAUUUUCACUAAACAAUCAUUGUUGAAUGACAGAGCAUACGUUUCGAGAUUAUUAACUAUGGAAUUAGAUUCACGGAUGACCUGUUUAUAUGAGACACUUGAGAAGGGAAUGAUACUGAUUCUGGAUUACAGUCCAAUGCUCGGCACAAAUCCGAUAGCACUACGUCUCACGUCACCGUCAGGACAGUUCUCUGAUUGGGCUGAAGGGGAUGAUGAUGUGUAUAUGAAUCAUAAUGUCAGUGAAAAUGGGGAUUACGAGAUAUGCCUGACAACACGUCGACCAUUAAAAGUGGUACUGAGCAUUCAUUUCUAUGAACCAGAUGCAAUGAAAAAAUCAAUGGACAACUAUUUCAAAGCUAAUCAAAUUGAGGAUCAUCUGGAGACGGCUGCAGAUACGAUUGUGGAACGUGUUCAGAGUAUCUCUCGUUCUAUUAGAACUUAUAAUAAGGCAUCCGUUCGGGAUGAAGCUAUGCAGCUAUCGAAUUCGUACUAUAUAAAAACCUAUGUGCUAAUAUUUUGUUUCACAAAUAUUCUCGUUGCUGUCACACAAGUCGCAAUCAUUCAUCGAAUGUUCUAUGUGGAUCCGAAGCGAUUACGUGUUUAA